GACCUGAAAACUGCAGCGAUGCCUCCUCCGGGUGUGUGCCAAAGCAUCAUGGACGCCCGUCAAAAACAGGAUGGUUAUGGGACCCUCACCAACCCGGAGCGCUUCCUCAAACAGGACUACAAGCAUCUGAAAGAGUACUGCAUGAUCAGAAAUGUUAAAUUCAUCGAUGAAUCGUUUCCCCCGGACAGGAAGUCCAUUGGUCCGGAGAUCCUGAAUCCCACAGACCUGGACCAAGUGGAGUGGCUGAGACCAGAAAAAAUGUCUCCUAAUCCAGCCUUUGUGCUUGAUGGCGUCUCCAGAUUUGACUUCGGUCAAGGAUUUGUUGGAAAUUGCUGGUUUCUUGCUUCUAUUGGAGCGCUGACAUUCCAACGUACCAUCUUGCAACAAGUUGUUCCUCUUGAGCAGACGUUUGAUAGGAAAAAUUACUGCGGACUGUUUCAUUUCAGGUUCUGGAGAUUUGGGCGGUGGGUGGACGUCAUCAUUGACGACAAGCUGCCAACUAUCAAUGGGAAACUCAUUUUUGUUCACUCCAAAGACAAGAAUGAGUUCUGGCCUGCUUUGAUGGAGAAGGCCUACGCCAAGGUGUGUGGAUCCUACUCGGACAUGAAGGCUGGCACUCCUGCAGAAGCUAUGAGGGACUUUACCGGUGGCGUCUACAUGUGUAUCGAGCUGUCCAAAGCUACAAAUCUAUGGGAGUUGCUGUGCAGAGCUGGAAAAUCCAAGACUCUCAUGAGUUGUGGUACACGUAGCAGAGAGAAAACUGACGACAAAGUGUUACCAAACGGACUGGUUCCAGGACAUGCAUACACUGUGACAGGUUUAAAACAGAUUAUGAGCCAAGGAAAGCUUGUGAACCUGGUGCGUCUGUGGAACCCCUGGGGCAAAACUGAAUGGAACGGAGACUGGAGUGAUCGAUCCUCGUUGUGGCAAACUGUGAGUCCUUCUGAUCGUGAAAAGUUCCGUUCAUUGUCUGAUGAUGGAGAGUUUUGGAUGACCAUAGAAGACCUCUGCAAGUGUUUUGUCGAUAUUGACAUCUGUGGCCUGAGUCCAGACUUCAUUGAUGGAAACCCAUCAAGUCAGUGGAAGACCUCCAUGUAUGAAGGACGGUGGGUUGCAGGAACCACAGCUGGAGGCUGCAUUGGGAACACUGGCAGUUUCUGGACAAAUCCACAGUAUCGCAUCAAAGUUUGUGGGAAAUAUUCAGAGAAAAGCGAUGUGACAAACAUCCUGGUGUCUCUCAUGCAAAAGCCCGACAAAUGGAACCGACGUCUGGUGCAAAACCUCUACAUUGGCGUAGCUAUAUUUGAGGUCACUGAACAAGACAAAACACAGAGCGGGAAGUUCCCCGCCUCGUUCUUCAGCUCCCAGAAGCUCGUCGCUCAGACUAAAACCUACAUGAACACACGAGAGGUGAUGGAGUUCCUGAUGCUGAAACCAGGAGAGUACGUUAUUAUCCCGUCAACGUAUCAGCCAAAUGAGUCGGCCUCCUUCAUCCUCACCAUCCUCUCCAAGGAUGACACUCACUGCUAUGAAAAUUCUGGUUACAACCUGCAGGAGUCAACUGAAAAGAUCAAGAAACCUAAAAACAAGAAUGACAAUGAAAAUAAAAAGGCAUUUUUCCGCCAGUACUCAGACAAGUAUGAAGAAGUGGACGCUGAGCAGCUGCAGAAGCUCCUGAAUGAAACCAUCUUAAAAGGGGAUUUAAAGUCCGGAGGAUUCAGUAUUGAUGCGUGCCGCAGCAUGGUGGCUCUGAUGGACUCAUCCGUUACAGGAAAACUGAACAGUGAAGAGUUUGUGCGUCUGUGGAACAAAGUCAUGAAAUAUAAGGAAGUUUUCCACCUGACUGAUGUGGACAAAACUGGAACGCUGUCACUGAGCGAGCUGAGGAAUGCAUUCAUAGCUUCAGAAUUAAAAGUCAGCGAUGAGAUGCUGAACCUCAUGGCUCUGCGUUACGGUGCCUCCUCAGGUCACAUGACCCUGGAGAGCUUCAUCAGCCUCAUCCUCCGUCUGGACUGCAUGCUGAAAAUCUUCAGACAGCUGUGUGAUGGAAAGGCCAUGAAGCUCGUGGAGUCUGAGUGGUUGUGCAUUUCGAUGUACACGUGAACCAGCAGGA